AUGAUCAUCUCCCUUUAACACUUAUUUGAAGACUCUUUGGAAGUGAAUGAUUUAGAUUAAAUGUCUAAUUCUAUUCUCUUUUUCAACUAAGCUACUCAAAGCUCAGAAACUAAUGCCACUAUUUCAAAAACCAAACAAAAAAAAAUAUCUCGUUAAAGAAGAAAAGGUUUUCUUUAUGGAGACAAAGACAGGAGCAGCACUCUUUACAAAUACAUAAAAGAGAAAUAACAAAGCUAUUUAAGCUUAAAUAAAAAAGCAUCUAAAUCUGUAUUUUCUCCAGAGGAAGAUCGAAUUCUGUUACUUCUUGUUAAAAAAUUAGGCCCCAAAUUUUAAAAGAUUACUAAGUACUUUCCUGGAAAAACAUUGAAUAUGUUAAAGAAUCGUUAUUAUAAAAAUCUGAAAAACUCAGAAGCCUUUCUAAUUCCAAAAGAAAUUGAGGAAGAGCUUAUUAUUAAUAACAAAUAAAAACGAGUUAUGGGAAAAAAAAUUAUAAAAAUUUGGCCUGAAGAAUAAAGAAUUUCAGCAUUAAUAGAUAAUAGUUAGCUUUUUUAAGAAGCAAAAGAAAAGAUGUAAUGUUUUUUGUAAAGUUUUACACAAGUAAUUGAAGAUUGUCUGAAAAAUAUUUGA